AUGGCAGCCAUCGCGUCGAUCAUUAGCAGCUUUUCGCUCAUCUUUGGCGGCUGUUGCGCAAAUGUAUAUUGUCUCGAGGCGAUUGUAAAGAAAGAACCCGACAGCGGGCUGCUCAUCACGCUGUUCCAGUUUGUCUUUACUUGCUUGUCUACGUUACACUACCAGUUUGAUCCCAAUGGUCGUUAUUUCCUCAGGUCAUCGCCUGUGCCAUUCCGAAAAUGGUGCGUCAGCGCGACGCUGUUCUUCACGGUCAAUAUGCUGAACAACUGGGCUUUCGCCUUCAACAUUUCCGUACCUGUCCAUAUCAUUCUUAGAAGUUUUGGUAGUGUGACUACAAUGGCUGCUGGAUGGGCACGUGGCAAGCGAUACACUCGCUUACAGGUGUUCUCUGUUGCGAUCCUGACUGCAGGUGUAAUGGUGUCUGCUUGGGCGGAUGCACAGUCGAAGGGUAAACUCGCGAACAGCUCAAAGGUUGACAUGACAAGUGGCUCCUUCGAGGCAGGCCUUGUCAUCCUGCUUAUCGCCCAGCUCCUUUCGGCAUGGAUGGGGGCCUAUGUUGAGGACAUAUACCGCGACCAUGGCAAAGAUUGGCAAGCCAAUCUCUUCUACUCACACCUGCUCUCGAUCCCCAUGUUCGCCGGCUUUGCUCCCAUCCUCUACGAUCAGUUCACUCGUCUCCAAUCUUCUGAGUCAUUCUCGGUCCCGGUCAGCGUGGCGGCACAGCUACCGCCUUCUCUUAACAAGGCUCUCGCAUCGACGUCUCAGCACGUCAUCUACCUCACGGCCAACGCAGUCACGCAAUUACUUUGCAUUACAGGUGUCAAUAUUCUCAGCGCCAAUACCUCUGCGGUCACUGUGACGAUAGUGUUGAACAUUCGCAAGCUGGUCAGCUUCAUGUUGAGCAUCUGGAUCUUUGGCAAUCAGAUGGGCGGACUGAUGAAGGUUGGGGCUGGUAUGGUGUUUGGUGCAGGCGCACUGUAUGGGUGGGAGACUUCGUACCGCAUUCCGCAACAGAAGAAACUGGAGUCAGCGAAAGGUAAAAAAGGCAGCCUCAAGAUAGAAUCUACAAUGUCAUCUCCCGGCGGCCAGGUGAGGCAGCGCGCGACCAAGGACAAGAAGCGCCCGACGACACCAAACCCCGAGGCGCUCGCCGAGAAGGUGUCGGAAAAAGUCCCCCAUGUGCUGGAAAAGGUAAAGCCCUACAAGCCGGCGCAGCAGGGCGGCGAGUGGGACUACAAGCUGGCCAUCGCGGUCAUGACGGUGCUGGCCUUCAUAACCCGGUUCUGGGGCAUCAGACACCCCGACCAGGUCGUCUUCGAUGAAGUCCACUUUGGAAAGUUUGCUUCGUACUAUCUGCAGCGAACCUACUUCUUCGACGUGCACCCACCCUUCGGAAAGCUGCUCUUCGCCUUCGCCGGCUGGCUGGUCGGAUACAAGGGCGACUUUCUCUUUGAGAACAUUGGCGACUCGUACAUCACCAACAAGGUCCCCUAUGUCGCCUACCGCGCCAUGCCCGCCUCGCUCGGCGCCCUCACCGUGCCCAUCGUCUUCAUGAUCAUGUGGGAGUCGGGAUACUCGCUACCAGCUUGCGUCACUGCCGCUGGCCUGAUGCUCCUCGACAACGCCCACAUUGGCCAGACGCGCCUGAUCCUCCUCGACGCUUCGCUCAUCUUCUUCAUGGCCCUCUCCGUGCUCUCGUACAUUCGCUUCUACAAGCUGCGGCACGAGCCCUUUGGCCGCAAGUGGUGGAAAUGGCUGCUGUUGACCGGUGUCAACCUGAGCUGUGUCAUCUCCAUCAAAUACGUCGGUGUCUUCACUUUCUUCUCCGUCGGUGUUCCGGUCGCAAUCGACCUCUGGGACCUUAUGGACGUCAAGCGCCGCCAGGGUGCUCUGUCGCUUCCCGAGUUCGGCAAGCACCUCGCUGCUCGUGUCAUCGGCUUGAUCGUUGUUCCGUUCCUCCUCUACCUUUUCUGGUUCCAAGUCCACUUCUCCAUCCUGUCCCGCUCCGGGCCAGGCGACGACUUCAUGACCCCAGAGUUCCAGGAGACUCUGAGUGACAACAUGAUGACUCUCCAGUCCGUCGGAAUUGACUACUACGACUCCAUCACUUUGCGCCACAAGGAGACCAAGGUGUACCUCCACAGCCACCCGGACCGUUACCCUUUGCGAUAUGACGAUGGCCGUGUUUCCUCCCAGGGACAGCAGGUUACCGGAUACCCUCAUAACGAUACCAACAACCACUGGCAGAUUCUUCCCGCCACGACCCUGCCCAGCGAGAAGGAGGCGAACGGCUCACGCUUCAACGACACCUUAUUCGAGAUCAAGGUGGACAAGGGCAAAGGCGACUUCAAGACCAUGUCUACCCACUUCAAACUCGUUCACGUGCCCACCAAGGUUGCCAUGUGGACUCACACCUCACCUCUGCCUGACUGGGCUUACAAGCAGGCUGAGAUCAACGGAAACAAGAACAUCCAGCAAUCCAGCAAUGUCUGGUACGUCGACGACAUUCCGUCUCUACCAGCCGAGGACCCGCGCAACAAGAAGGAAGCCAAGCAAGUGAAGAGGCUCAGUUUCCUCAGGAAGUGGGUUGAGCUCCAGCGCGCCAUGUUCUACCACAACAACGCCCUGACCAGCUCUCAUCCAUACGCUUCGCAGCCAAUUUCCUGGCCGUUCCUUCUCCGCGGUGUUUCCUUCUGGACCCAUAACGACACCCGCCAGCAGAUCUAUUUCCUGGGUAACCCCAUCGGAUGGUGGUUGGCCUCAUCCCUGCUUGCCGUCUUCGCUGGCAUCAUUGGCGCUGACCAGCUGGCUCUCCGCCGUGGCAUGGACGCUCUCGAUGACCGCACUCGUUCUCGUCUAUACAACUCUACCGGCUUCUUCUUCCUGACAUGGGCAGCUCAUUACAUUCCCUUCUACAUCAUGGGUCGUCAGCUCUUCCUGCACCACUAUCUUCCUGCCCAUCUCGCCUCGUGUCUUGUCACAGGCGCACUGGUUGAGUUCAUCUUCUGUAUAGAGCCUAUGGAUGUUGAGUCGCCUACCAUCAAGGGCCACCGCCGCACACAGUCACGUCCUGUCCGCGAGCGUAUGGCUACUACCAGCCAAAUGGGUAGCUGGAUCGCCACCGGUGUUAUCCUUGCCGCCACUCUCUGGAGUUUCCUCUUCUUUGCGCCGCUUACAUACGGCUCGCCCGGUCUUGAUGUGGCACAGGUGCAAGCGAGGAAAUGGCUCGGAUACGAUCUGCAUUUUGCCAAAUAA